CACGUGGAUGUGAGGGGUGGAGAGGGCUCAGCCCCUGGGGACCCGCCCAUCAGUGAGUCCGCCCCGCGGCGCACACGCUCUCUUGUGCACGGACACCUGCCCGCCUGUGCUAGCCCGCGUCGCGCAGAAACACACGAGGGCAAGAAGAGGGGGCCUGGUGUCCACCCGGCCUCUUCCAGGGUUGGGGCAGGGGUGCGUGGUGGAGGUCCCUGCUGUUUUCCGUUUUCCACGCUUCGUGAUUUACAAGGUGCGGGGAAUGGGGCGCCCGCUUGCCCACCUGAAGUACGAAAAUGCAAUUUAUGGGAAGCCCAGUUGUGAAAAUGAUCCAGCCCUGCCCCUGGAUGAGACCCAGAGGGUGUGGACGGCCAGUGCAGACACCCUGAGGCAGCUGGGGGACCCAGGGCAGUGCUCUCUCCUAUGUCCCCGUCUCCCUGCGCACCUCCCAAAGGAACGCCACCACCCAAGAGGCCCGAGACCUGCCGCUCAGAAAGGGUACGGUAGAUGUGAUGCCCUCAUGGCCUCCUCUAGAUACAGAUGCAUCCUUCCUUAUUCUGACGAGGACGGCGGACCCCAGGACCAACUGAAAAAUGCCAUCUCCCCCAUUCUGGGCACCUGGCUGGACCCGUACUUGGAGGACUUCUGUCAGCCCCCAGACGGGUCUGUGUCCCAUCUGGAAGCAGCAGGGGGUGAAGGCAGAACGUUGAAGACGGCCGGGCAGGGCUGUGAUGCGUCCGGGCCGGCUGCCGGUCGCUGUCUUUGCAGAGCAAACUCAGGAGAUCGGCAGAAAGCUGGUCAGCGGGGACGCCUACUCCCUCUUCUCGACUGA